AUGGAGAACCUGUCAAUCGCUGAUCCUCCAGGACCUCCUUCGCCUCAAAGACUGGGUCAAGGACAGCAGUCUGGUCAGAAUGCUGUGUUUGGUGGUCCUACUCCGCAGGGAGCUCCCCAGUUACCACCGCAGAUGUUCACCACUGCAGCGCAGUUGUUAGAUCUCACAGACAAGAAACUCCUCCUUGUGCUACGCGAUGGGCGCAAAAUCUUCGGCGUCCUGCGCUCUUGGGAUCAAUUCGCCAACCUUGUGCUGACCGAUACACGCGAGCGAUACUUCGUCUCAGUCCCCUCCGAACUCACACCCCAAACGACGAGAAACCUCUACUGCGACAUCCCGCGCGGUACAUACCUCGUGCGGGGCGAGAACGUCCUUCUUCUAGGCGAAGUUGAUCUCGACCGCGAUGACGAGCCGCCGCAAGGAUACGUCGAAGGCGAUGUCGAGGAGGUGUUCCGGUUGCAGAAAUUGAUUGAUGCGCAGAGGAAGAAGAGCGAUAGAAUCAAAGGCAAGAAAUUGGCGCAGUUGCUUGGUGGUGAAAUCGAGGCUAGUGGUGAGGUUUUGUUCUGA